UCUUCUCUUGGAGAGAGAGAGGUUCUGGUCAGUUUGCUCUGGAGUCUGGAAAUAAGCAGUUGGAGUGCCUGUUGACAACCCAAAAGCCUUAUUAGUCCAGUCACCCCCGUGGAACUUUGGAGCAGGAGUAGGGGGUGGGAAAGGAAGCAGAUAAAAGCAAGUGAAAGAAAGGAGGAGGGGCAGGCUCUGACCCAGCCAGCCCUGUGCUCUCUUCCUGCCUAGCCUGGGCCAGUCUUCGGGAGCCCAAUGGCUAACUAUGAAUUUAGCCAGGUGUCUGGGGACAGACCUGGCUGCCGCCUCUCUAAGAAAGCCCAGAUCGGUCUCGGAGUGGGUCUCCUGGUCCUGAUCGCCUCGGCAGUAGUGAUCGUGGUCAUAGUUCUGAGGCCGCACUCACUCCUGGUGUGGACUGGAGAGCCUACCACGAAGCACUUUUCUGACAUCUUCCUGGGACGCUGUCUCAUCUAUACUCAGAUCCUCCGGCCAGAGAUGAGAGAUCAUAACUGCCGGGAAAUACUGAGUACAUUCAAAGGAGCAUUUGUUUCCAAGAACCCUUGCAACAUCACAAGAGAAGACUAUGCCCCACUGGUUAAAUUGGUCACUCAAAGCAUACCAUGUAACAAGACUCUCUUUUGGAGCAAAUCCAAACACCUGGCCCAUCAGUAUACUUGGAUCCAGGGAAAGAUGUUCACCCUGGAGGACACCCUGCUGGGCUACAUUGCUGACGAUCUCAGGUGGUGUGGAGACCCUAGUACUUCCGAUAUGAACUAUGUCUCUUGCCCACAUUGGAAUGAAAGCUGUCCCAACAACCCUAUUACUAUGUUCUGGAAAGUGAUUUCCCAAAAGUUUGCAGAAGAUGCCUGUGGUGUGGUCCAAGUGAUGCUCAAUGGGUCCCUCCGUGAGCCAUUUUACAAAAACAGCACCUUUGGAAGUGUGGAAGUCUUUAGUUUGGACCCAAAUAAGGUUCAUAAACUACAGGCCUGGGUGAUGCACGACAUCAAAGGAGCUUCCAGUAACGCAUGUUCAAGCUCCUCCAUAAAUGAGCUGAAGAUGAUUGUGCAGAAAAGGAAUAUGAUAUUUGCCUGCGUGGAUAACUACAGGCCUGCCAGAUUUCUUCAGUGUGUGAAGAACCCUGAGCAUCCAUCGUGUAGACUUAAUACGUGAAGGAUCUGGAUAUUAGAUCACCUGUAGCCUGGACUGAGAUGAAGGGGCUCAGAAGCAACACUGGUGGAAAACUGAAACUGUCAGGGAGAAGUCUCUACUACAGUGUUAACACCAGAGAUGGAAGAGCUUCCCAACACAUUAUGACAAAAUUACAUGAUCAACUUAAUACUCUCUGUGUACUACCAACAUUCAAGAAAAAUUACUCCAUAAACCAGAGUUAAACUUCUAUAUUGUUAUAUUAGUCUAACUUUCUCAUGUGGUGCUUCUAUAUUGUUUACAUAUUGCUUACAUCCUUUUAUCCCUCUUUUAAUGAUAUCUCUCUCUCUCUCUCUCUCUCUCUCUCAAUGAGGCUGAGAAUCAAACCAGAGAACUUUCAAAAACAUGGUGGAUAAAACUAUAUACCACUGAGCUAAAUCUUCAGCACAGCUGAUAACAUCAUUUUUACUGAAAAAUGGCCAAUCAAACUUCCCAUUGGACAAAGAAAGUCAAAUGUCAAGUAUAUUGAAAUGAAUGACCUUUUUUUUAAUGUUUUUUCAUUUUUCCCACAGAUAUUCACAUGAUAAACCUGAGGUCAUAGGGUCAUUAUAGGGAAGGUGCUGUGUGGGCACCAUGCCCUGUGCUUUAAUCUUUAACCCAACAUGUCCCUGAUAACUUUGAGCAUUCUUUUCUUUUCUUUUCUUUUCUUUUCUUUUCUUUUCUUUUCUUUUCUUUUCUUUUCUUUUCUUUUCUCUUCUUUUCUCUUCUCAUUUUUUUUAAAACAGAAGAAAAUGGAGUUUAGAGAGAUAAUUGAUUUUCCUAAAGUCACUUUCUUAGGAUCAUGGUUACAUCUGGAAUUAAAUCAGUUCUGUCAAAGUCCACAACAUAUGAUGGUUUUUUUCUUUUCCGAGCUUUUAUUGCCAAAUUGGUAGCCUGUGUUGUUGUCUAGCAAAUGCUAUUGCAUUAAAUUGAAUAUAAUAGAAUCUGAAAUGUGAUCUUUAUGGAAGAUCUCAAAACUAAUUACUUGCACCCUCUUUCUCUUCCACUUCAUUCUUGGUGCCUUUUAUAGGCAGUCAAGAGUUAACAUAUAUUUGGUGCUAAUAUUGGCAAUUUAUGUUUUCUAUCCUUUUUUUCUUAGAUCAGUCUUGCUCAGAAUCAUUAAUUUUGUUAUGUUGUUGCUAUUGUUAUUGUUGUUGUCUUUUUCAAAGCUCAAAUCUUUAACUUUCCUCAUUUAUUAAUUUAAUUGAGCUUUAGUCUUUAUUUUUAGAAACAUAGAAAUUUCUUCUAGCUAUCUGGAAUAUCUUCAGUUUUUUGAGGCAAAUGCUUAGACCAUUGAUAUUUCAGUUUGUUUUCUACAGAUGUAUUUUAGGAUUCUAGGUUUUUCCCUGAGCCCUGCUUUCGCUGUAACACUGAAUUUUUGUAUGCCUUAACUGUUUAGCUACUGUGAUAGUUUUUGUAUAUGCUUGGCCCAGGGAGUGGCAGGAUUAGAAGGUAUGGCCUUGUUGGAAUAGGUAUGUCACUGUGGG